AUGGCUGCCGGUUCUGCGGUGGUGCUCGCCCGGGCGCUGGAGGCGCUGGAUGCGGGUGGUGCCGCAGAUAAGAUUCAUUUAAUACCUCAAGACUUUUUUGCAGAACUGUGUGAACAAAUAAUUCAGCAUCUGAACCAUAAGAUCCCAGGUGUAAACACAGCUGAACUGUGUCAGAGAAUUCAAACAUCUGGGAUCGAGAUCAAUGUUGGUGACCUGGCACAAAUAACUAACAUUGUUUCCUUUCUAUUUAGCACAGCAGCCAGAAACAAUCUCUCUGCGGAAGAACUCGUCGCCACCUUGGGCAAUGCAGUCAGCACGCUGCCAAAACAUGCAGUUCAAGUUAUUCGUCACGUAUGGAAUGAGCAGGGCAAAUCCAUUAGUGUGUCAGAAGAUGCAAGAAAUACGGCCACAGUGGGACAGUUUGUAGACGUUAAAUGGAAACUGGGAGUUGCAAUGAGCUCUGACACCUGCAGGUCUCUGAAGUAUCCUUAUGUUACAGUGACGCUAAAAGUGGCAGACCCUUCGGGACAAAUAACAGACAAAUCUUUUGAAAUGACGAUCCCACAGUUCAAGAACUUCUUCAGACAGUUCAAGGAAAUGGCGGCUGUUCUUGAAACAGUUUGA